CAAAGGCCAAGCCAAAAAAGUUGACCUAAUAUGCAAAUUGCAACGCAUACAACUGGUGAAGCAACCAUUUGACAAUGUAAACAACUUUCAUUUACAAGCAAAAUAAACCCCAAAGUCGCAAAGUGGUUGUUGAGAAUUUUCUUUUUCAGACAAAACAAACAAGGAACAACUCAACGUGCUGGUUCUGGUAUCUCUUUAGAGAUCCUCUCGCUUUACCCAUUUUUCUUUAUCUUCUUCUCAAGGAAAAAAAAAAUUAAACCCAACCCAUCAUUCUCGUACACUUGUUCUUCCGUGGGGUGUCAUCAAUUUUCUCUCUUUCCAACUUCCAUUUCUGAAAAAUCAUACCUUGAAUUUUCCCAUUUUUCUGUUUUUUUUCUUUCUUGGGUUUGUGUUUUUGUGAGAGAUGUGCCCUUUAAGGUUCAUCUUGGUGUUCUUCUCCGCCGUGCUGGCAGGCUAUUUUGCGUGGAGGACGGUGCGUUCCUCGCCGGAGAACGACUUGGCUUCCGAUGACUCAACCAUGGAAGACACUUCUUCCUCCAAGAAGGAAGAUUUUGAUUUCAAAAAGAUGAUUCAAAAUGGAUUCUGGGUUUUUGUUGACAUGGCUAGCGGGAGGUAUCUAUGGAGGAAUUUGAGGCCCACCAAUAAUGAUGUUGAAUUGAAGAACUCUUAGUGACUCCCUUUUCUUCAAUCUUGAGCCUUUGUUUUCAUCCCCAAUGAUUGUGUUGUGGAAACGUGUAACUUCUUGUAUUCCAACUUUUCUUUUUUCCCAUGUUUGUGAGUUCAGGAAUAUUUGAUAGAUAAACAGGGCUAAAGAACUCGUUCUACAAUUCUAAUUA